AUUACGUAGCUAGCAACAGUCCGUCGCUAAAGUCAAGGCAGCCGCUUCCGUGUUGUUCCUGUGUUUUUCUGCUGAUAAUUGUCGCUAGCGGGGCCAAAGCUCCCCUGACAGCCUCCGGACCACAACACGACCAUGACCCAGUGAAAGCGGCCGUCGGACUGGGCUGUGAUCCGCCGCCAUGUCGCUCCUGCAGGGCUCCAAGAAGAAGGACAAGCGCAUUCUGUCCGGUACAUGUCCGGAUCCGAGGUGCGAGGCUCGGCUCUUCUUCCCAGCGCACGGCAGCGUUAGCAUCGAGUGCACCGAGUGUGGACAGCGGCACGAACAGAAGAGCCUGCUCCGCGUAGAAGAGGUGACAGAUCCUGAUGUGGUGCUCCAUAACCUGCUGAGGAAUGCCCUGCUCGGUGUCAGCUCUGCCCCGAAGAAAGGCACGGAGCUGGUGAAGGUGAUGGGCUUGUCCAACUACCACUGCAAGCUCCUGUCCCCGGUGCUGACACGCUACGGCAUGGACAAGCAGAGCGGCAAGGCCAAGUUGCUACGUGACAUGAACCAGGGCGAGAUGUUUGAUUGCUCUCUGUUAGGGGACCGCGCCUUCCUCAUCGAGCCAGAACACGUGUCCACGGUGGGCUAUGGCAAGGACCGCUCGGGCAGCCUUAUCUAUCUCCACGACACACUGGAGGAGGUGAAGAGGGCCAAUGGGGGCCGCGAGUGCCUGAUCCCAGUGCACGUGGACGGGGAUGGACACUGUCUGGUGCACGCUGUGUCCCGGGCGCUGGUGGGGAGGGAGCUGUUCUGGCAUGCACUUCGGGAGAACCUCAAACACAACUUCAAGCAAAACCUAGACCGCUACAAGGCGCUGUUUCAGGACUUCAUCGAUGCGGCAGAGUGGGAAGACAUCAUCAACGAGUGUGACCCUCUCUUUGUCCCUCCAGAAGGUGUUCCUCUGGGUCUGCGGAACAUCCACAUUUUUGGCCUGGCCAACGUGCUACACCGGCCCAUCAUCCUGCUGGACUCCCUGAGCGGCAUGCGCAGCUCCGGGGACUACUCGGCCACCUUCCUGCCUGGCCUUGUGCCAGAGGAGCAGUGCCGUGCCAAGGACGGCAAGCUCAACAAGCCCAUCUGCAUCGCCUGGAGCAGCUCAGGGCGCAACCACUACAUCCCCCUGGUGGGCAUCAAGAACACGGUGCUGCCCAAGCUGCCCUCCCGCCUCCUGCCCAAAGCGUGGGGUGUGCCGCAGGAGCUCAUCCCCAGGUACAUCAAGCUGGAGGCAGAUGGCAGCUGUGUGAUUGGGGGUGACCGUAGCCUCCAGGACAAGUACCUGAUGAGGCUGGUGAACGCCAUGGAGGAGGUAUUUAUGGAGAAGCACAGCAUCCACCCGUCCCUGGUGGCUGAUGUUCACCAGUAUGUUUACCGACGCACUGGAGUCAUUGGCAUCCAGCCCGAGGAGGUGACCGAAGCUGCUAAGAAGUGUGUGCAGGAGAAUCGACUCCACCGCUGCCUGCUCUGUGGAGCUCUGUCCGAGCUGCACGUGCCACCGGAGUGGCUCUCCCCAGGAGGCAAACUUUACAACCUGGCCAAGUCCACCCACGGACAACUGCGCCCGGACAAGAACUACAGCUUCCCCCUCAACAGUGUGGUGUGCUCCUAUGAUCCACACAGAGACACUUUGGUGCCUGACUACAAGCUCAGCUCUCUGAGCACUUGCAACUGGUGUCAUGGCACGUCCGUGCGGCGCGUCCGCGGCAACGGCUCCGUUGUCUAUCUGGACGGAGACAGGACCCACAGCAGGUCUCAGGGAGGCAAAUGCGGCUGUGGCUUUAAACACUAUUGGGAGGGCAAAGAGUAUGACAACCUUCCUGAAGCCUUCCCAAUCACCUUAGAGUGGGCGGGCCGUGUAGUCAGGGAGACUGUUUAUUGGUUUCAAUACGAGACAGACCCUUCUUUAAAUAGCAAUGUUUACGAUGUAGCCAUGAAGCUAGUCACGAAACACUUCCCUGGAGAAUUUGGGAGUGAGAUUCUGGUUCAAAAAGUGGUCAAUACCAUCUUGCAUCACACGGCAAAGAAGAACCCGGAUGAGUAUAAUCCUGUAACAAUAGAUGGUGCUCAUGCUCCACUCAUUUCUGAGUCUGAACCUCCGCCUGACUCUCACCCUCCGACCAAAAUCAUUCUAACGGGUCAGAAAGCCAAAACUCUGCACAAGGAAGAGCUAACCAUGAGUAAAGCCGAGCGCAGCCUUCAGCAAAGUAUCAGCGAGCAAGCUGGGCUGUCACAGAAACGCCGCACCGACAAACUCAAACAAGAGCAAAAGAUGAGCGAGGGGCGUGUCUCUCCAGAUAGUUCCUCCCCCUCCUCGUCCGCUCCAGCCACACCCAAAAAAUCCCCAUCGUCUUCCUCAUCCAAUAAGGAGAAGAAGCUGCGUGUGACGACCAGCGACGGCAGACAGGCUAUGCUAACGCUACAAGCUAACACGACGUUUACAGAGUUGCAAAAAAGCAUAGCAAAAGAGUUUAACGUGCCUCCAUCACAGCAGUGUAUCCGCCACGGUUUCCCGCCCAAAGAACUGCUCCCUCCGAAGGAUGGAGAGGAGAACGAGCCGGUGGCGCUGCAGCAUGGAGACCGAGUGAGCGUGGAGAUUCUGGUGCGCAAAGGUCCAGAGGAGAAGCCCCUCAGCUCCCACUCUGCUGCCACAAACAAGAGCCAGGAGACGGGGGCCAGCCGGGCCAGUCGAGAGCUGCAGGACAGCAUCGACCUGGAGAUGUCCUCCCUCUGCCUGCUGGCCACGCUUAUGGGUGAAGAUGUCUGGUCCUAUGCCAAGAAGCUGCCCCACCUGUUCCAGCAGGGAGGAGUCUUCUACAACAUUGUCAAGAAGGACAUGGGGCUGCUGGACGGGAAGCACUGCACCCUGCCCCACCUGUCGGGGAGAACGUUUGUGUACAGCGCUGCAGAAGACCGGUUGGAGCUGUGUGUGGACACUGCGGGACACUUCCCCGUGGGGCCUGACGUGGAGGAGCUGGUGAAGGAGGCUAUGCUGCAGCUGCGCGCUGAGGCCUCCAGGGGGAGCCGUGAGGGCAGCCCCUCACACAACACCCUUAAGCUGGGCAGUGGAGGAGUGGUCCUGAAGAAGGAGCAACUGCACAGCGUCACAGCCUUUCAGGGCAAAGGACACUCUCUGGGCAGUUCCAGUGCAGGCUCCCCCCCAGAGCACCGGUCAGGGUCCACCGCACAUGUGAGCAAAGGUCAUUCAUUGGCCAGCUCCAUUGGAGGUUCCUCCCCUCCAGACCAUCGGCCAAUCACACGACAGCACAGCAGUGGGGUGGACCUGAGUGCCAGUGUGAGCCGAGGACCUGCAGAUCUGUCGGACAUCGCGGAGGACGCCUCUAGAGAGCUGGGUAACGCCUCGCGGGAGCUGGUGCGGAUGGCUCCGGGGUUUGUGACCAUGAAGGACGGGCGAGGAGGACUGGACCCUGAGGUGAUGGAGCAGCAGCGCAGAGCCCUACAGGAGAUGGUCUCCUCCAUACAGGCGUCUAUGGAACGCAAUCUGAGGGAGCAGAGGGACAGGACAGCCUCCAGCAGCCAAUCACAGCAGAGCACGCCCCGGCCACGCCCACAGGAGGAGGAGCCAGAGGACAUGGAGAGUCAGGAUGCCGAGCAGGGCAGCACUGAACCAAUGGAGCAUUCCUGAUUGGACCACAGGCCUCUAAGUCCUGCCCUUUCACCCCUCAGGCCCCUCCCUCACGCAGAAACAGGGUGUACGUGUGAGCCAACACUAAAGCUACUAACAAAGCUCUUUCAGUUAAAGCACCCACAUUACGCUGUUUUCUGAUCUAUGUUAUAAUGUUAUUUUCUCAUCAAAAACAUACCUGUAGUUGGUUUUGUGCUUUAAACAUGUAUAAAUGAAAAACACGUAAUAUUUAGGCAUUAUUUAACAGAAAACACUCUAUUCCACCUUGUGAUGUCAUGUGGCAAUACAGGAAGUGCUCCACUGUGUUUUUAAACUCCAUACACCUUCACUACAAUCAGCCCUGGAAUUGCCAAUCUCUACUGAACAAAAGGUAAAAGGAGCUGUUAACUUGAAAACUACCACUUCAUGAUGUCACAUGAUGGAACAGAGAAUUUUGAGCUUUGGAGAUGUAAGACUAAUAAUAAAGGAUUACUCAAACAUGUGUGAAUGAAACAAAACACUACUCCUGGUAUAUUUUUGAUGAGGCAACAGCAUUCAAACAUGGCUUAAAUCUGACAAGUCACUUUGCGUAAUACAGGACCUUUUAAGCAUCCAUGUUUACGUAAUGGUCCAAACUGAGAUUCAACAAGCAGACCGAAAGAACAAAGGCGAAGGCGUUUGCAGUGACAGUGCAUGUGACUCCUUUGGGUGUACCGCUGGUUUUGGGUGCUCUUCUCCUCAGGCUUCAGCAAGUUCUCCAAGAGCACCUGGAGAGUUGGGUGCCUUAGACUGCAGGAAAGAAGGACAACUUCUCCGAUGACACAAUGAAAUGGCAAAUAUUUAUUGCAGAUCAGGUGCAUCUUUUAUUUUCUAUUUUAUUAAUAAUUCUAUCAACUUAACUCACCAUAGGCUUUAUCAUUUUGUAAAAUGUAAAAAUCAUAAUAAUAUUCUAAUAUUUGAAAGCAAGUAUCACAUGUAAAGCUUGUGUGUGGCAUUCGCAGUCACUUUUGACAGUACAGCUCCAUCUCACUGAAGUUAUUACUGACCCAGUGUUUCCCAAAGGUUAUACUGGAACUAUGGUGGUACUAAGACUGUAAUCGCAGAAAUUCUGAUGAUUGAUUAGUCAAUUAAAAAGGGGGCGUGUCAAAACCUCUCAAAACUAUUACACAUCUCUGUGUAUCUGACCCAAACUGCACUCACAAGACUGCACCUGCACAGGAGUUCAUGCAAAAACUACUAUGCAUGCAGAGAAAGUAAAGACAGAUUAAACUUGUGAGUCAUGAGUUUAAUCUUUGUACGUACUAUAAAUACCAAAAAAUAGCAAAUCUUUAGCAAACUUGCUAAGUUCUCUCCUAUUAAAUUAUCUUUUGUGCUCCUGUUCCAUACAAAUCCUUGAAUACAAAUUUGAGUCAACUAAGACGAGAUGGCAUCAACCGAAGGACUACAGCCCUAGGUAGUAUAAAUGUCACUUAUUGCCCCCACUGAUAACAAAUUAAAUAUAGUCACAUCUGUAUCAGUGUGACAAUACUGGAAGCUUUAAGUAUCAUUUCUAUCACCACUUUUGUCCAGCUUCUUUUGAGAAUAUGAGGGGAUAAUUAGACUAUAAAGGCCACCAUAGUCUCCUCUGUUAACUCUGGAAACACUGACUGACCUUCUUGAGAAAGCUUCGUUUUACUUUGCACCCCAGUCCUCCUCUGUGUUCCUCUCCUUUUCCACAUGUUUCUGCUCUUACUCAAGAAGUAAAAAAAAAUCCUGACUUGACGAAGACGCUGCCCAGCCCCUGUCUUCCACUGAUGUGUCCACCAGGGGGCAGUCACCGAUAUGGAAUAUAGAAAGCAAUACAGUGGACCAUGUCAUGUGUCAUACAAUUUUCCAAAUCAAUCAUUUUGACAUUAAAGCGCCCAUGUUAUGCUAAUUUCUGAUCUAUCUUAUAAUGUUGUUUCCUUGUCAAAAACAUACCUGGUGGUGUGUUUUUUUUCAUGCACACAUGUUCCAUACACUUUUCACUAUUAUCAUUUUGAUCAUUUCAGUUCUGGAUUUUCUAAUCUCUAGUAGACAAAAGAUAAACGAUAGCUGUUAAUUUGAAAACUACCCUUUCAUGCCAUUACAAGGUGGAACAGAGCAUUUUGAGCUUUGGAGAUGUAGACAGCCUAAUGAUACAGGAUUACUCAAACAUGUGUGAAUGAAACAAAACACAACUCCAGGUCUGUUUUUGAUGAGGAAACAACAUUAUCACAAGCUCACAAGGGUCGAUUUUGUGUUAAGAGAGAAAUGCAUACAGUUUCUAAACAAGUCAAAUCUAAAAAGUACUCGGGUGCUAUUUUAUUCCAGUAUUUCUCUUCAAAAUGUGAAAGACUAAAAAAACCAUACACGCUUUUUUGAAUUAUACUAAUGCAAAUUCUGACAAAUUUGACAAAUCAAUGUUUUACAGAAAUUCUCCAGAUUACCGUGGGAACAUUUUGGAAUAAUUCUUAAGUAUUUAAAAUAAAGUUCUAGUUGUUCCUCUGUGCAAUUCCUAUCAAAACCAAAGCUAACUGAAAUAACUGAUGCACUUAUAAAUGGCCACAUUAAAUACCCAAGAUCUACCACCUACUUUUCCAUAUUGUCCACUCUGAGCUUCUUCAGUUCAGCACAGACAUACUUUUUCCAAUAAUCUCUCCUUAGACAUGUCCACAUUGUAAUCCGUGUGCAUCCACCCUCCUGAGGCUUCCGUGUGCGCACAUGUAGCUAGCGUGUUGUGGGUGGAGCUAGCGUGUUGUGGGUGGAGCUUGGGCUGUAUCAUAUUUACAUAAUGUAGCAUAUACUUGAGCUGUACAGUGAGGGACAUGCUUUGGUUCACCUGUUGCAUGUGUGGGCUUUUCAAUCGACAAUAAAGCCACUUCCAAAUGGA